AUGAAGAGAUCACGAGAAGAAUCUCAAGGUGGCCGCAAUAACAUAUUUGUUGAUGAGGUUCCACUUCUAAACUUGCCUCUAACAACGACUCCGGAGCUUAUCAACAAGAUUGAAACUUACCUCAAUAGAAACUACACAUGUCCUCAUCAAAAAAUAGAGAACUCAAAGACCUCAACUCUUCCUAAGAGUUCUGAGAAACUAAAAGCUAUGAAUUUCCCAAUCUCCAUGAUCAAAAUUGGAACAUGGACCCCCGUUGCAAUAAACCCUGAAGAUAUUGUGGCAAAAUUCUAUUUUGCAAAGAAGAAACUUAUAUGGGAGUUUCUCUUCGGAGAAGAAGAAACUAACAUGCCAAGGCUGAAAAGAAAGAUCGAGAUUCAAUGGAAUGAUGUCUCAUCUUUUGAAGAGAGUAUUUAUACACAUGAUGAAACUGGAAUCCUCAAAAUCGAGUUGAGAAAACGUCCAACAUUCUUCAUAGAGACUAAUCCACAGGCAGGAAAACACACUCAAUGGAAACAGUUGGAUCGCGAUUUCACCGACAAUCAGGCUUCUACUUGCAGGAGACAUACAAUUCAUUUUCCUCCCGGAGUUCUGCAAAAGAACUUGGAGAAACUUCUGACUAAUAGCUUCUGGUCCAAACUCUACAACGUCCCUUUCCCGGUAGAAGAAUCUCUUUUCUUCGAUAUCGGCUUUAAAAACAAUAACUCAUCUCACAACAGCCACAGCCAGACAGUUGGCUUUAAUGUCAACUAUGGCCUUCAACAUCAUCAUUAUUCUCAAGGAAUUGGUGGCGUGGGAGUGGGAGAAGGAAACUUUAACAUAUCACCGCAGUUCAGGGCUAACGAUGGAUGGCAAAGAAAUCAGAUGAACCAAGACGAGAUCCGAAAGAUGCAAAUCAUAAGAGAGAUAGUUCAGAGUCAAGCAUAUGCUGCAGUAGCUGAUACACAAACCAACAAUGUCCCAAUGUAUCCUCCGGUUGGAUCGUUUGCAGCAACAUUGAUUGAAGAAGAGGAGAGACAGUACAAGGACCAGACAAAUGUUGAUGGAAACUAUCACAUCAAAGAGUACCAGAAAAUUCCAUACAUACGCAGCAGCAACUGGGAAGUGCUUCCUGGUAUGGACGUAGAAGAAGAUUGGUAAACAUAAUUAUUAGGGUUAGUUUUGUUGAUAUAUGGAUCAAUGAUGUAUUGUAUGAUCCAUAUAUACAAAAAAAAAA